AUGGACGACAAGAACACGUUUAUCCCACCUGCCAAUUUCAACCGGGUCCAAACCACGCUCGUUAGGGGCGGACGUCCCAAGCGAAACAACAUACCGUUUCUGAAGUUUCUUGGCAUUGACACUAUGGUUGCCCUAACGGAGAGGUCUCUCUUUGAUGGAGAUGGAGAGAAUGGAGAUGCGCUGAGAGAAUACAUCCGUGAAAAUGGUGUCCGGUAUGUGCAUUUCCCCGUUGACACUAGUGUACGGGACAAGGGGAAGAACAGGGAGAUUCCCAUAACACAUGGCCAGGUGAUGGAGAUCUUGGAGAUUAUUUUGAACAAGGAGUACGGGAAUGUGUACAUUUACUGUUACAAUGGGGGGCAAAUCACGAGUUUGGUUGUUGCGUGUCUUCGGAAGUUGCAGCUGUGGUCCACGGUGAGUAUCUUUGACGAGUUUAUCCAUUAUGGAUCCAAUGUGACGCACAAUGACCGGACGUUUGUGCAAGACUUUGUUCCGCAGCUAGAGCUCUCUCGGGGGAAGUUAGUCGAGUGGAUCUGGAGUGGGUUGAAUGAGAACAUCAUUGUCCGUCAUCCUGGGUUCAAGAAUGUGCGGUUUAUUGGGUGA